GAGCCUACUGGAUUACCGCUUCUAUGCCCUAUAUAUUUUUUAAGAGAAUAACAUACAAGUGUUUGUAUAGGGUAGGCCUAUUAGGCUUAUAUGAAAGCUGCAUAUAAGGUAGCCAUAGUUUAUAGCUAAUACUUGAUUCAUUAUCUGGAAGUCUACGACUUUAGGAAUUACCCAGUGAACGUGACUGUAGGAGUUCCACAAUUGCGUCAGAUAGCCUACGUUUGAAGGAAGGCGAACACACUUUUCAUAAGCUUCGCUACCAAGUUGACAGACAUAUGUAUCAAACAAUAUUUUUUUCUUCUUUGUGAGAAAUCACCUGGAUCAUUUGCAUAUUUGACCUCUCCAAAUAUGUAUUCCGUCAUUUUUUCAGGUGAGGCCAAGGGGCUCUGCAUCUAACCUGGAAAUGUGUCUAGUUUGGAGGAUUUGGUGACACCUGCAUUGCAUCACUGCACCGCAAAUGGCAGUGGGGCCAUUCAGUGAACAGGUACGGGAGAGCCGCGUGGAGCUCGUUGAUGCUUGGAGCAAACAUGUGACGUCUCUUCUGGACCUCCUUUUCCAAGACGGUGCUGUCACCGAGGAGGAUGUGAGCCUGGUGAGAGGUGGAGGGGGUUUAGGAGAUCGCGAUCGCAUGCGGAACUUGCUGGAUGUGCUGUACGGUCGAGGAGAGGAUGCCUGCUGCGCUUUCUAUAAAGUCAUGCCACGAGUUCAGACUGCUUCUGGAACCGAGACCCCUAACAUCUCCAGGCCGCCGAGCUUACAGGAGCACCUUCAAAGACACAGAGAGGUGCUGGGCAAGGAGCACGGCCCCAAAAACUCAGGUAGCAUCAAAGCUAAAGCUCCAGACCGCAGCAAGGCCAAGUCCUACACGGACAUCACGCUGUCCAAGAGGCCAGGCUACGAGGUGCACCUGCAGCACCAGCACGAGGCGGCCAUGGUCGGAGAGUUCUUCAGGGGUCAUGCACAGGAGAGUCAAGGGCAAGGGGAGAUCUGUGUGUUCAGGGAGAUGUACCAGAGUCUGCUGGCGGUCCCGGGGGAUGGCCUGACCCUGCUGUCAGGGGUGGCGGGUAGCGGCAAGACCACGGUGGUCCGGCGACUCGUUCACGAGUGGUCCUCGCAGAAGGACAGCAAGAAGAUCAUCCUGUCUCUGUCCUUCCGGGAGCUGAACCUGCUCACGGAGCCGGACAGUCUGCGAGGGCUGCUGUCCAUGCAUUACAGUCACCUGAAGCCCGUCUUGACCGAGAUCAUGGGCGAUAAACUCGACCGCCUGCUUCUCAUCCUCGACGGACUCGACGAAUUCUGCUUCCCGCUGGAUUUCACGCGCACUCCCAAGUGUUCGGACCCGGAGCGGGCAAUGCCCGUGGGCGCCAUGGUGGUGAACCUUCUCAAAGGCAACCUUCUCCCAGGUAUCUCCAUCCUCCUCACCUCCCGACCCCACGCCGUCUCCAAGGUCCCUCCGGAGCUGGUGAACGUGUUCUGCAGCGUCCUGGGCUUCUCCCCAGCUCAGCAGCAGGAGUACUUCAGACACAACUGCAGCUCGGUGCAGGCAGGAGCGCAGGUGUGGGAUUACGUGUCCACCCAUAAGCCGCUGCAGCUUAUGUGCCACGUCCCUGCCUUCUGCUGGAUUGUGUCCACAGCCUUGUACAACGGAAGCCCUGGUCUCACCCAGCCUAGUGCCCCUGUCCCUGCAGUGGACAACAGUAAAAGUGUGUCCGAGAGUGUGACACCCUCUGCACCGUGCAUCCCUACUGAGCCUAGCGCUGUGUUGAUAUCAUCCUCAGUGAAGACACUGACCAUCACAGACAUCUACUGCUGUUUCCUGAAGUCCAUCCUGGUGUUCCAUGGGGAAGGGAGGGAGGAGGGCUCUCGCUGGCGCCUCCUUCAGGACGCUCCGCGCAUCUUGCAGGGGAGCCGCCCAGUGCUGAGAGGCCUCGGGGUCCUGGCUUUCCAGGGGCUGCUGGAGAGGCGGUUUCUCUUCGACUGCUCGGACCUGGACCGCGCGGGACUCUCCCUGGACCGCGCGGACGUCUCGCAGGUCUUCCUGGUGGAGAUCCUGAAAGAGGACAGCACCUCGCUCACGCUGGAGAAGAACUUCUACUUCAUCCACACCAGCGUCCAGGAGUUUCUGGCAGCCGUGUACUUUGUCUAUGAGUCGCUGUCCGGCUCAGACCCAUUCGCUGGGCAGCAGCCUCACGCGUUCAAGCUUCCGCCAUCACUCCAGAGGCUGAUGACCUCCAUGUCCAAGAAGCUGCUCGGGGCCAGAGGUCUCCUGAAACGACACGUCAAGAAGGCUCUUCUGUGGAGCGAGCAGAAUCAGUCUGGACAUAUGGACUUGUUCUGCAGGUUUGUGUCUGGCCUCAUGGUUCCGCGAACCCGCCUCACCUUAGAUGGCCUUUUCCCCAGGACGGCCUGCUUGGCGGGAUCUCUGUUCCGCUCCUCAUCGUCCGCUGCUCCGUCCGCCGCCCCUCCGUUCUACCUGUCUCUCCUUCACUCACAGCUCCAGAGCUGCAGCCUCUGCCCAGAGCGACAGGUGAACGUGUGCCACUGCCUGUACGAGGCUCAGGACUCAGGCCUGUCCCAGCGGCUGCAGAGCUGGCUGCAGGUCCUGGCGCAGACGCCCCGGUCGGAGCGCUCGUCUCUGGAGAAGAGGGACUGGAGCGAGCUGGCCUUCCUGCUUCAGCUCAGCCCCGACCUGGACACGCUUAAGCUGGACGCCCAGGGUCUGGACGCGGAGGGCCUACGCAGGCUUCUGCCCGUGCUUCCUCUCUUCCGCACCCUCAGCCUUGGACAGAAUCCCCUUGGUCCCGAGGGAGCCGCUGUGCUUUCCAAGGCGCUUAAGACUCCAGCUUGCCGUGUGGAGAAGUUGUGGGUAGUGAAGACUGGACUUGGUUGUGAAGGGGUCCGGAUCCUGUCAGACACACUGAAGGACAACCGGACUGUUGUUGAUCUCAGAAUGGCCAUCAAUGACAUUUCAGAUGGAGGAGCAAGACAUCUUGCUGAUUUAUUGAAGACAAAUUGUGCUUUGAAAGAUAUAAGACUCCGUGACAACCAGAUAACAGACAAAGGGGCUGAACUCCUGAUGGAUGCCCUGACAGAGAACUCAACUCUUCAGUAUUUAUGGCUCUUUGACAACAAGUUCACUAAGGAUGGUGUCAAGAAGCUCAAAGAAUUUUCUAUGACGAGAGCCAAUCUGGAAAUCAAAGUGUGUGUCUAAACAGCAAAAAAUGAAUGAAAGAAAUGUAUAGGUAUACAGUACAUACAGUAUAUCACUGCAUAAUUUGGUUGGAACAUGAAUGAAUGAAGGUCUAGUUACAUUCAGACCACUCAUAGUACUGUAUGUUGAAUGCCUGUGUUGUAUUGAUGAAGGUUGUUGCUCACCUCGAAGGUUACUAGCACGUAAGUGCCUCAUCAAAAUCUCAAACAUAAAGAGACGUUGUAAUCCCGACAAUUGUAAUUGUGCUGUAUCAUAUUUGUUUUGUUUUUAUAUCUUUUGUCAUUGUAAAUAUUUUAUUUAAGUCCUUUUUACAAUUCCAUGUAUACACAUUGUUACUCGCACACUUCAAAUAUUUAGUUUAAGUAUAUAGUGCAGAUAUUGAGACAAUACAAACCAUAGAAAAGUGGGCAGAACACAUGUAAGCGCUCAGUGCACGUUAGCAGUGUGCUGAGUGAAGUAUGCAGUUUGAGACAAAGCCACAUAUUUCAGGUGAACUGUCUACAUGUACAGUACUUCAUUAGAUGGUCUUCUGGAUUUGCCUCAGUUGAAGAGAUGUAAAGUAUUUCAACUUUAGAUAUCCCAGCACUGCCCUCUGUUGGACUAAUGAUGAACUUUGGAUGAUUUUUUCCAUCACCAGGCCUCAACACUGGGGUAGAUAAGAAUAUAGUUUUGAAUGUCAAGGUUGUGAUUGCCAUAAACGUCAUGUGGCAUUGUUCCAAAUGUCAUGUCCAAGUGUUAUGUCUGCUGAUUGAUUGACAGAGGUUCUUUCCCAAAGGUCAAAAUGAUUUUAUUCAAAGUUGACACAUGCUCUCCCUCAGGUGACAUCAAGUGUUUUGUUUGUACUUAUUACCUUAAGGUUAAAAUUACAGGCUCAUUACUUGCACUGUGAUAAGAUAGGUAGGCCUGGGUUUUGUGACUAAUAAGGUCAAUAGACUUAAAGUGAUCUGUUGCCUCACCAACAGUUAAUUGUGUGCAUUACAUUUGCCUUAAAUUAUAUACAAUGUCCACCAUUGUGUUUGUGCUCCUCAGGGAUCUGCAGUUAGCAGUAUUUUGUACAUGUACAUACUUACCAUUGAAAUGAUUGUUUCAAAAUCAUCACAAAUAAGGAUAUAACCAAAUGUACUAUUGUAUUUGUGGAUGUAUCCUCAGAAUAGUAUUUGUAUCCAAUGUUUGGGACUGUUUUAAUGUGAUAAUCACUAUUCAUAAUAAAUGGAUGGAUGACAAUGAACGGAAUGCUUAGUGAGUAGAUCCUCAGUUCGACAAAGACAUUCUCAUGCAAUUAAAUAACUAAUUAAAUA